AUGAAACGAUGGUUGCCGGCAACAAAUUUGGAAAAUUUCAUUCCUGUGAGUGCGAGCGAGACCGACUUACGUGAAUGUGGGCGCGCGAGAGAGAGCGUAUAUCGUUUAUAUACUGGCUCUCUCGCACGCGCUGGCUCUACUUUUUCACUAGGAAUUUUGAAUGGUUAUUCAUAAGUCGCCAUCUGCCUGCAAUACAAUAGGGGCGGUAUUCAAGGACAACAGUGUCCGGACUCAAAGUACGAUGUCAUGUAUAGUUAGUUCUUUCCACAGUGUUGGCUAGUAAAGACGUAAAUUUUAACUUUUCGUUCGAUUUUCUUACUUGUUAUUUAAAAUGGAAUCUUCCAUCAAGUGCGUUUUUUGUAACAGUAAAAGUACAAAUGAUAAACUCGUUGCUUUUACCGUGCAUACGUUAAAAAAGUGCCGGGAAGUGUUGGACAUUCGGAAAAAAUUUAAUUUAAAAUAUAAAGAUGUUAUUUUGCCAGCAUCAGAAUGUGAUGACGGCUAUCAUAUAAAAUGCCAUAAACUGUUCUUAGCAGUCAUGAAAAAGUAUUAUGAAAAAAAGGCACUUACAUCAUCGGAUAUUUCAGUUCAAACAGAUGAACCGACACCAAGCACUUCAUCUGCUCACGAAAUAGAACAAACACAUCAGGAAGGUCAAUCUGCCAUACAAGAAGCUUCAGGUGAAAAAUUAACGGAGGCAGCAUUAAGUGUGGCGCAGGAUAUUUGUGCAUUUUGUAAUAAAAAAUAUAAAAAAUUCAAAGGACGUCAGGCACCACUUGUUAGAGGAGAAAAAAAAAUUCUCAUUGAAGCCUUGGCAGAAUAUUUAGAUGUUGUGAGAGAUAGUGAACUUUUUAAGUCACUUUCUAACGAGCCUCCGCACUUAUUUUAUCACAAAAUCUGUCGGGUUGAAUAUUUUAAUAAUUUAAAAAAAAUAAAAAGACAGCCGGUAUAAAAUAUAUUGACUUGUGCUUUCAUCAACGCACUUUCAACAUGGGCUGGCAGUACU